GCAAACCCAUACAGCAGCCUUCCCUGUCCCUGUUCCGCUGUUCGCUCCUUUUUCUUCCGUCUUGCUGCCAACCCUUACCCUAAUCGUCUGGAAGCUCUGCCAAUGGCGUACCGUUCCCCUGAUCGAGAAUCAGGAUCCGAACCGCAAACCCCAACGCGCCUUUAUAAUCCUUACAAGGACCUCGAAGUGCCCAUUCGAAACCUAUACCAGCUUCCAACGUCCCCUGAGUAUCUCUUCGUCGAGGAGGCUCGCCGUAAGCGUCGAUCCUGGGGUGAAAAUCUCACCUUUUACACUGGCUGCGGCUACCUUGCGGGCGCCGUUGGUGGUGCCGGUGUUGGCCUCGUCGAUGGGGUGAAAUCUUUUGAAUCCGGCGACACCACGAAGCUGCGGAUAAAUCGUGUCCUUAACGCUUCUGGUCAUUCUGGUCGGUCUUGGGGUAACCGAGUUGGUAUUAUUGGAUUGUUAUAUGCCGGUAUCGAGAGCGGAAUAGUGGCUGUGAGGGACACUGAUGAUGCGUGGAAUAGUGUGGCGGCGGGGCUCGGUACUGGUGCAUUAUAUCGUGCUGCGAGAGGGGUGAGAUCAGCGGCGGUGGCGGGAGCUGUAGGCGGAGUUCUAGUCGGUGUGGCUGUUACUGCUAAGCAGGCGUUGAAACGAUAUGUGCCAAUUUGAGAAGCAGAAAUUUGCUAUGAGAGCCUGUUUAGAUUAUUUUCCAAUGACAAAACAUUUGAGUGUUUGACACCGCACAAAGGAACAGAGACAAGGAAAGGUUACACUGUUAUUGGUUACUGCGUCCAAAUUUAUGGAGAUUAGCUUGCGCAUAGUUCCUGUAAGUGGAUUUGCUUUUCUGUUAAGCGGUUUCUGAUAAAACCAGAAGGCAGCUCUAGGAUCUAUCACUUGUUGCGCUGUCCCCUGCUCCCCUGACAGUAUUUAAACCCUUUCUUAGUGAAUUUACAUGCCUUAUCAUCUCUUAAAGUCUGUUGUGGUAGGUGAUAUAGAAGACUUGUACAUGGAUGGGCUGUUUUCCCUUUCAGAAAAUGUCAGUGUGAUCAUGCAUAUUCUGCUAUGUUGCGGAGUAUUCAUUUGUCCAAUGCAUAUUUUUAGGUUGA